AGUUGGUAUUCAUUGGGAGUGCACUGAGUUUUUACUUUCCCUACGACUUCUGUCUCUAUGGCAACAUGUCCCCAGUCGUGGCGUACUUCCUGCGCUACGUCCCAAUCCUUAUUGCCAUGGCAAUGGCACCCCUUCUGUUUAUUCUUAGGAGGACGAGAUAUCGUGUGUUGGAGCACUAUGGACUGUGGUCUAUUAUCCUGCUACUGUACACUCCUGUCGUGCACACUUCAGUCUCAGUUCUCAACUGUCCAUACGUCGACACUGUCGGGGAGUAUAGAUGGUUUGUGGAUGGAUCAGUCGAGUGUUUUACUGGAUGGCAUGCUCCACUGGGCAUCAUGGCCAUCAUUAUGUUGUUGCUAUGUUUUGCCCUCAUCCCCCUAACAGUAGUCAUAGCACUCAACAAGUACCCAAAGAGACGUCUCUAUUGGCUUAGGAACAUUUCUGCUCCAUUGAAGGAGAGCUAUAAGGAUGACCUCAAGUGGUGGUUUAGUGUGGAGUUGGGAAGAAGACUUCUGCUAUUGCUAUACUCAUUGUCCCUCUACCAGUAACCAACGUAAGAGUACUUUAG